GCCCACAAGACAAUUUGACGAAAUAGAAUGAUUUUGAUGUUUUCUUUUUUGGCUCCGCGGCGCAGCCUCUGGAAAAUAUGCAAACAAGCAACUUACAAUCUUUGGGACAAAAUGGUAAUUUAGGUGUAUUCUCUUAAAUUACCCUGGCUGUCAAUUCCACUUAAAACCAUGGCGUUUUCGGUCAAUUCCGCUUCCAUCAGAAUAAUUACAGCGCGGUACGCCUACCGGCAAACUCCUCACGCCGGUGACGAGAUCCCCACUCUCUAGUCUCUCCCCCAUCACAUCCACCCUCUCCCCUCCACGUGUCCCACCUUCGUACCUCCUUCACCGACGCCGUCAAUCCCCCGUUUUCCUUCCGAAUUAAAACGCCUGAAAAUUAGAAAAUUUACAUCGACAAGUUCUCCCCCCUUUUUUUUCUAGAUAUAUUUUUUUCCGGUCAACCAAAACCCUAGCUCGUUCUCUCUUUUCCAUCGGGUAAUUAUCUCAGAUCUAGGAUGGAGGAGGAAGAUGAGAUCCAGUCACAGCAGUCGGAAGGGCACUCCGGAUCUCCUUCACAACCGUCUCCGCCGUCCAACGGGCGAAUUUCGGUGACUGUUGCAUCCGCCCCGCCGUCCCUGUCACCGCCGCAGCAGAAUACGAACGCGCUUGCUCUGGCGCCUCCGACGCAGCAGCACUCUAAGUCGGCUUCAAAGAACAACGGUGGUGGAGGCGGUGGGAGAGAAGACUGCUGGAGCGAGGGCGCUACGGAGGUCUUGAUCGAGGCGUGGGGUGAGAGGUAUCUGGAAUUGAGUAGGGGUAACCUCAAGCAGAAGCACUGGAAGGAAGUUGCGGAGAUCGUGAGCGGCAGAGAAGACUACUCAAAAACCCCAAAGACUGACAUCCAGUGCAAGAAUCGAAUCGAUACGGUUAAAAAGAAGUAUAAGUCGGAAAAGGCGAAGAUGAGUGAUGGAGGAGCACCUAGUAGGUGGAUGUUCUUCCAGAGGUUGGAUCAGCUUAUUGGGCCAUCGGCCAAGGGUGCCUUCAAUGCGGCUGGUGGCGGUGGUGCCAGUGGUGGAAGUGGGUCUAAAGUACCAAUAGGAAUUCCGGUGGGUAUUCGUUCUGCAAGGAAUCAUUUUCAUGCUAGCCCGGUUCCAGAACCAAGACAACAACAGCAACAAAACAAGAGGUCGGUUACGAUGAAGAAUAAGAAUCAGAACCUAAGCCAGAAGGUGCAGCCCCGGAAGCAGAGUCGAGCAGUGGCAGAAUCAGAUGAGGAUGAUGAGCAGCUGUCUGGGGACUCAAUGGAUAGUUUACCGCCUCCCCCGGAAAAGAAGGCCAAAAAGGUGCAGGAGGAGGUGAAUUCAGGGGGGAAGGACAAGAAAUGGGGGAAUUCCGUGAGGGAAUUGACACAGGCGAUACUGAAGUUCGGGGAGGUAUAUGAGCAAGCAGAGAGUGCGAAGCUGCAGCAGCUGGUGGAGAUGGAGAAACAGAGAAUGAAGUUUGCCAAGGAGCUGGAGCUGCAGAGAAUGCAAUUUUUCAUGAAAACCCAGUUGGAGAUUUCACAGCUAAAGCAUGGCAGAAGAGGUGGAAACGGAAACUCCAGUAAUCAUAAUAGUAACAUGAACAAGCAUAACCAUAGUGAUUGUAGUAAUUAGAAUCAGUAGGAUGGAAUAGGGUUUUAGGUUAGGAUUUUGUGUUAAUGGGUGAAGACCCAAAUUCGGUUUGGAAUUAGUAGUAUUUUUUUUGUUUUGUGUAUUUUGAUGCUUACCAUUGUUGUUGUCCUUAAAUAUCACAAUUUAAACUUGGUUGGAAUGUUAUAAGACAGUGACUAAAAGUAGUGUGUGUACCCGUAAGUUGGGAGACAAAGAAAUCUCUUGGAAUUCAUUGUGAAUGAUGUUGAGUUGUGCAUUGUCAGAGCAACAUUCUUACAGUUCCAUAAAUAUGUUUGUGUGAAAGGAAACAAAGUAAAUACCUAAAAUUUAGAGUGUACAAAAGACUUACUUUUACAUUCUGAACCUUUGCUUCCUCUUGGGAAUUUACUGUUCAGAUUUCUGGUUGCAACUCCAUUGCGUUAAUCACUGCCCUGCGUGUGGUUGAUGUGAAGAUAGAGGAUUGCUGGAUUGGUGGUGUGCAUCUCUUUGCUCUUCCCGGAGAAAACAAGUUUUUGUCUCAUGCAGGGAACAUGUCAAGUAUGAACUAGACUCCUAAGCUUUUUCUGCAAAAGAAAAUUUUCACUUUCUUGCUGACAAACAGGAUUAUGGAGCCAGAGUAAUUUUCUUUAUGUGAAAUGGAAAUUCGAUUAGAUAAAACAGAUAACAUUGC